AUGGCGGGUAAAGGAGAAGGUCCAGCAAUCGGAAUCGAUCUCGGUACUACAUACUCCUGUGUCGGAGUAUGGCAGCACGACCGUGUUGAGAUUAUAGCUAACGACCAAGGUAACAGAACCACGCCGUCUUACGUCGCCUUCACCGACUCCGAGCGGUUGAUUGGUGAUGCCGCGAAGAAUCAGGUCGCCAUGAACCCGGUUAACACCGUCUUCGAUGCAAAGAGGUUGAUUGGUAGAAGAUUUAGUGACGCAUCAGUCCAAAGUGACAUGAAGUUAUGGCCUUUCAAGAUCAUCCCCGGACCUGCAGAGAAGCCAAUGAUCGUUGUCAACUACAAAGGAGAGGAGAAACAAUUCGCCGCCGAAGAAAUCUCUUCCAUGGUUCUGAUCAAGAUGCGUGAGAUCGCUGAAGCUUACCUUGGCUCUUCCAUCAAGAACGCUGUGGUCACUGUUCCUGCUUACUUCAAUGACUCUCAGCGUCAAGCCACAAAGGACGCUGGUGUCAUCGCUGGCUUAAACGUUUUGCGUAUCAUCAACGAGCCCACCGCAGCUGCCAUUGCCUAUGGUCUUGACAAGAAGGCGACCAGCGUUGGAGAGAAGAACGUUUUGAUCUUUGAUCUUGGCGGUGGUACUUUUGAUGUCUCUCUUCUCACCAUCGAAGAGGGUAUCUUUGAGGUGAAGUCUACUGCCGGAGACACUCAUCUUGGUGGUGAAGACUUUGACAACAGAAUGGUUAACCACUUUGUGCAAGAGUUCAAGAGGAAGAACAAGAAGGAUAUCAGCGGUAACCCAAGAGCUCUGAGGAGGUUGAGAACAGCCUGUGAGAGAGCAAAGAGAACCCUUUCCUCCACUGCUCAAACCACAAUUGAGAUUGACUCUCUGUUUGAGGGAGUUGAUUUCUAUUCUGCAAUCACGCGUGCCAGAUUCGAGGAGAUGAACAUGGAUCUCUUCAGGAAGUGUAUGGAGCCUGUUGAGAAGUGUUUGAGAGACGCCAAGAUGGACAAGAGCACAGUCCAUGAUGUUGUUCUUGUUGGUGGCUCUACACGUAUCCCUAAAGUUCAACAGCUUCUCCAAGAUUUCUUCAAUGGCAAAGAGCUCUGCAAGUCUAUCAAUCCUGAUGAGGCUGUGGCGUACGGUGCAGCGGUUCAGGCUGCAAUUCUUACCGGUGAAGGUAAUGAGAAAGUGCAAGACCUUCUUCUGUUGGAUGUGACGCCUCUUUCUCUCGGUCUUGAAACCGCCGGUGGAGUUAUGACCACUUUGAUCCAGAGAAACACGACAAUCCCGACCAAGAAGGAACAGGUCUUCUCCACUUACUCAGACAACCAGCCUGGUGUGUUGAUCCAAGUCUAUGAAGGUGAGAGAGCUAGAACCAAGGACAACAACCUCCUCGGGAAGUUCGAGCUCUCCGGUAUCCCUCCGGCUCCACGUGGUGUCCCUCAAAUCACUGUCUGCUUUGACAUCGAUGCCAACGGUAUUCUCAAUGUCUCUGCCGAGGACAAGACCACCGGGCAGAAGAACAAGAUCACAAUCACUAACGACAAGGGUCGUUUGUCUAAAGACGAAAUUGAGAAGAUGGUGCAAGAGGCUGAGAAGUACAAGUCUGAAGACGAGGAGCACAAGAAGAAGGUCGAGGCCAAGAAUGCUCUUGAGAACUACGCUUACAACAUGAGGAACACUAUCCGUGACGAGAAGAUCGGAGAGAAGCUUGCGGCAACAGACAAGAAGAAGAUUGAAGACUCGAUUGAGGAGGCAAUCCAAUGGCUUGAAAGUAACCAAUUGGGAGAAGCGGACGAGUUUGAGGACAAGAUGAAGGAAUUGGAGGGCAUUUGCAAUCCGAUCAUCGCAAAGAUGUACCAAGGUGGCGAAGCAGGUGGUCCUGCCGGCGGAAUGGACGAUGAUGAAGCUCCUCCUUCCUCAGGCGGUGCCGGUCCCAAGAUCGAGGAAGUCGACUAA